GAUAAUUUCACCACAGCUUUUGUCAAGAACCUGACUGUUGUUCUGGUCUGGCUCGUACUCACUUAUAUCAACAGCACUUUGGUUGCCACAUUCUUUAGACACCAGACAUUCCAUGAAGAUCCUCGUUACAUCCUUUUCAUCCACAUGGUGAUCAAUGAUGGCAUUCAGCUGACUGUGACCAUCACGCUUUUCAUCCUUAGCUACAUUUUCUACAAGAUCAAUGUCUCUUUCUGCAGCUUCUUCAUCCUGGUGGCGGUCUUCACCACCAGAAACACCCCAGUUAAUUUGGCCGGCAUGGCCAUAGAGCGCUACAUUGCCAUUUGCAAACCUUUGCGGUACACUCAAAUCUGCACAGUGAGGAAGACUUACAUAGCCAUCGCAUUGAUUUGGUUUAUAAUUGUGGCCCCAGAUAUUACGGAUCUGUUUAUAACCCUGGCAACUGAGCCUUUAAGCUUCUUUCAUGAGUCUGUGUUCUGUUUGCGCCAGAAUGUGUUCAAAGAUCCCAUCCUGGCUCAGAAAAGAAACAGCUUUGAUAUCAUCUAUUUCUCCUGCGUGUUUCUUACUCUGGUCUUUACCUACCUCAAGAUCAUGUUUGCAGCCAGGGCACUCUCAACAGUUAACACGUCAGCUCAGAAAGCCAGAAACACCAUCCUCCUUCACGGUAUCCAGCUGUCCAUGUGCCUGCUCUCCUACAUCUCCCCGAGUGUGGAGAUUGUUCUACAGAUCAUUUUUCCGGGUCGAAUUCUUGAAAUCAGAUAUGCAAACUACCUAAUAGUCUACAUUCUGCCUCGGUUCCUGAGCCCAAUAAUCUACGGUGUCAGAGACAAGAAGUUCAGGACAUAUCUCAGGAUGUAUCUGCUGACCUGCUGCUGCAAGUACACAGUAAAGCCAGUGGAUCCGCUGAACAAAGACAGAAUAUGA